AUGACGAUUUUGUCCACCUCCCGACGAGUCCUCCGGUACCGCAUCGCCCGAGCUCUGAUCAUAAUCUUCACAAUAUGGAAUCUGGCCGAAAUACAUCUGAUUCAGCACCGAAUUCACGAAGCAGAUUACACUGUCCUCCGACACCGGCCGCAAAAGCAAGAACGAAUAUAUAUUGCAAGCAUCAACUGGAACAAUGAGCUUAUUCUACGCAGUCAUUGGAGCAAGGCACUCACACAGCUGGUCUUGAAGCUAGGCCCGGAAAAUGUGUUCAUCAGCAUAUACGAAAGUGGGAGCUAUGAUAACACGAAAGGCGCAUUGAGAGAACUAGAUCGGGAACUCGAGCGAAUGCGGGUGCCACGGAAUAUCACUUUGUCACCUGUGACACAUGAAGACGAAAUAGCUGCACCCGCACGGGGUGAGGGCUGGAUUCGCACUCCCGGUGGAAAGAAACAACUCAGACGAGUGCCGUAUCUUGCGCGGAUACGGAAUUUGAGCUUGCUGCCUCUGCAGGAUCUUGCCCGGCAGGGUGUCACUUUUGAUAAAAUCCUAUUUCUGAAUGACGUUGUGUUCACGCCGAACGACGUUCUCGAACUUCUGGAUACUAAUGGCGGAGAAUACGGUGCUGCUUGCUCGUUAGAUUUCUCCAAGCCUCCGAAUUACUAUGACACAUUUGCUCUCCGGGAUAGCAAGGGCCAUGAGCCCAUAAUGCAGACGUGGCCAUAUUUCAGCUCUGAGGCAUCGCGACAUGCAAUGAAAAAUCUGUCUCCUGUUCCUGUGACAAGUUGUUGGAAUGGCAUGGUGGCGAUGCCCGCAAGCCCAUUCAUCGCCAGUUUCCCACUUCGCUUCCGAGGUAUUCCCGAUUCACUAGCGAAGUAUCAUCUUGAAGGCUCCGAGUGCUGUCUCAUCCACACAGACAACCCACUAUCAGUGGAAAUGGGUGUUUAUUUGAACCCUUUGGUGAGGGUCGGGUAUAGCGGCGCCGCAUAUACAGCUAUUCAUCCGACGAUGAACUGGCUCUCUGCGAAACGGAUUCUACAAGGGUUGUGGGUCAAUCGACUGCGCCGCUUGGGUAUCACUUCAUGGUUGAAAGAAGAAGUAGUUCGAAGGAGGGUAGACAGCUGGAGAGCCUUGAGCGCUGGGAAUGAAGAGCGUGGGGAACUUUGCAUUAUCAAUGAGAUGCAAAUUUUGCAUCGAUAUGGAUGGGCCCAUGUGUAA